AUCUCUAAAGCAUAUGAUUUAUGGACAAAAUUUUGAGGCAGAUAAUUAAGGUUUCUCUAAAGAAAUGAAAUGAAGAUAUGUGAUUAGAUUCUUACCACACUUCCCAACCCCUUGAGCUGAGAUACUUUUUUAAUGUCUUCAUCUCAUGAUAAACUUUAAAGCUGGUCAGGAUGAAAAAGGAGAAUAAUGUAGAAGCUAAUGUGAUAAUCCAUGAAAAGGCCUAUAGCAAAAAAAUGAGGUUCAAAUUAAUGAAGAGGCAAACAAAAAAUGGAAUUUCUCCAUGGCAGAAAACUGAGAAUAAAAAGAAUGGUGUCCACAUUCUUCAGGAAAGAAAUGAAAGCACUCCAACGUUAAUCCAUCCCGCAACUUCAAAACCCCUACCCCUAUCAGCUGAAGAUGGUACUGAGGAUUUCAAUAUUGAGUUGACAAACUUUAAUGAUCUGGUGGUCAGGUGCAACUCAAUAACCUGUUCUGAAUACAUGCCUUAUUAUAGAACUGAUACCAUUCUUGUGGAAAAUUUUCCCUGCAUAAAUUCAGAAGCAAACCAGAAGAGCCCAGAGGGAGAAAACAGAGUUCAAAGCAAUUGCUGUGUUUUUAAGUUAAAACACAAAGAAGAGUCUUCAAAUGAAAGAGAACUCGACACUGAAUAUUUCCCAUAUUAUAGAACAUAUGAAGAAUAUUUGAGCAGCUCAAAUCCCUCUGUAGAAAUUAAAAGUAGAGAGAAGAAUGAAGAGGCUGACACUAACAAUGAUGAAAAAAUAAGGAGUGAAGCUGUCUCUAAUGCUGAGACCGAAUAUGCUAAUACAGACUUUCAGGAAAACAGUAUAACAAAUGAAGAUACUGGCCAAUGCCUUGAGAAUUUUGAUUUCACUGAAACUCUUUUAUCCACUAAUUCCACAAUAGAUUAUGGUGAUUCUGAGAACUUUCUCUUGGAAGAAAUAUUAAUCCGGAAUCAAUUACCCUCUUCUUCCAAUGGCUAUUUUCCAUACUAUCGGACAUAUGGAAAAUUAAUUGUUACUCCAGAAGACUCAAUUAACUUCAGUCAUAGUGACAAUAUACUGGGAUAAUUUGGGAUGAAAAGGAAAGAUAUUAGAGAGGGAAGCAAAUUCCAGCAACAGCUGUCCAGUGUGUUGAAUCCAAUGAGACAGAAGUCACAGGCAUUGUUUUAAAGAUGUUUGCCUUAUUAUAGGCCUAAUUAGAAUUAAUAUUUAAAUCUUCAUAUGUGAAAUUAUAGAAUUUCAGGGGAUGUUAUUUUAAAUAACUUAGAGAGACAUCACAUGAGUUUUAUCUUGAAUGAUCUUGAACUCGAAAUGGAAGAUCUUUUGCAGAACAGAGUAGAAUGGACAACAGUGAAAAUGAAAAAAAAUGCACUUUCUUUAUCAGAGACUAUAGAAGGCAAAAUAUCAGUUAACAAAGGAGAGAAGUUUGUUGUCCUGAUUGGGCGUGUUCUCAGAUAAGGAUGGUUUUGCUUUUCUAAUUGUUUAAAAUAAUAUGAGACUGAGCUACUCCCUUUCCUCUAUAUACAUUCCAUCUAUGGAAAGGAAAGAUACUGUAAAAUUUUAAUAAUAAUAAUAAUAGAGUUCAAAUGUAAAAGAUGGAAACUGAGAUACUGUAGAUGAAAACUAAUGUGCAAUACAUAAUUCAGCAGCAACUGAUUUUA